AUGAAAGAAGAGUCUAUAUCUCUGUCAUUGGAACGUCGACAGCAGGAUGAAGUAAAUAGCAUUGCAUCCAUUUACGGGGAUAUCUUUGAAGAUAUUACUCCAUCAGGGUUGGUCUGGAAUAAAAAGCCUAGCCCACAUUUCAAGAUUCUGUUACUGUCUUCAGAAUGUGUUGACAGACCUACUAUAUCAUUAAUAUUAGACAUCGAGUUCACCAGCACAUAUCCAUUAUCUCCACCAAAGAUUAAAAUUUUAGAACCCAAGAACAUUCUAAAAACUAGAUUACAAGCCAUAGAAAAAAGAAUUAAAGAUUUGAUUAAGGAAUAUCCCGAGGAAGAAGUGUCAUUUACCAUUAUAUGUGACGUGAAGGAUAUGUUGGAUGACUUUCAACAAACGACAGAAAAAGUGCUAUCAUUAGAGGAGGAGAGGGAGUUGCGACUAAAAAAUGAAAGGCUUCAACUUGAGAAGCUCGAAGAUAUGAAGCAAAAAGAACAAGAGCAAGAGAAGAAGAAGCAAAUUGAAGAAUUAAGUGAACAAAUACUAAUGAUACAGGGCGAAUAUAAUGAAGAUGAACAAAGAGCAACGGAGAGCGAUGAUGCAAUUACCAAAGAUAUGUUGGAUGAGAAAAACCUUAUACCAACAGAUACCAGUCUUCAUUUUGUUUUUGAAAAUCCAAUUGUGGGCCAGUUUCCUGGAAGUAAAUCGAAAUUCAAAUUCAGAGCAGUUCUGGGCUUUGUCAAGUAUCGAAAAAGAGACUUACUAUCUUCAAUAAGUUCACAGUAUAUCGUCAAACCUUAUAUACCACCAGAGGUACAAGAAAGGAUAGACAAAAAAAAUAUUGAAUUGUCAUAUUUACUUACAGAGAUAGAUUUGAAAAAUAAGUAUUGGAUGACCGACCUUGGGAAGAAAGAGAUUCAGGACCUUGAGAGCGAGUUGCAGUUAAUCAUGAAUUUAAACCAUGAUAAUAUUGUCAAACUAUACGGGUUUCAAAUAGACAGAAAUAUAAAUGAAGACCAGGGAUGGAAAGUGAGAUUGUUAACUGAAUUUUCAUCGGCCUCAGAUUCACUUCAAGACAUUUUACCUACUGCAGAAUUUAUAAAUUGGUCGUUAGCAAGAACAUGGCUUAUACAAUUACUUCCAGGUAUAGAAUAUUUGCAUAAUUUAGGGUUUGUGCAUAAAUUAAUAUGCCCUUUGACCGUAUCAGUUUUUGAACUUGAAAUAGACUAUUAUUACCAAAACUCCGCUAAUGAACACUUUAAUAGUUCAGCAUACGAUGACAAUAGUAGUCGGUUUGGAGGUCUAGACUCCAUGAAGAUUCUCAAGUUAUGUCAUCCUUCGUAUGGUUUUAGAUUAUUGAGCAUGCUCGAAUCACAUCCGAAUGAAUUGAAUAAAUCUCAGAAUAUAGCUAACUUUUUGGAUUCGCUUAUUCCGGAAACGUGGAUAGCACCAGAGCUAAAAAAGUCUUCUAAAAACCAUCAACUGAAGACAGAUAUUUGGGACUUAGGUGUUCUCUUCUUAAGAGUGAUGUUAAACUAUUAUAUAUUGAUUACUACCUAUCGGACACCUGGAGAAUUCUAUGAAAAUUUCAAUGCUGAGGAUUAUUUUGGAGCAGAGAAUUAUGCUCGUCUUGUAUAUGAUUUAUUGUCUAAAAUGUUGCAACCAAAGAUAUCAAAAAGACCCAGCCCUUUGGAACUUAACGCGGUCAAAUUCUUACGCGAUGGUCCUAUUAUGACGAAUAUGAGAUCUACUGCUUAUACGCAUCCAUAUAAAGAUGUUGAGGAGGACCAGGAAAAUAAUGUAAUGGGUGCUAUAGAGGAGUUUCAGAUUGAUGCUAAACCACUCAAAAACAAUCCUAAGGAUGCACAAGUUUCUCAAUACAAUCAUUUAUCUAUAAUGGGAAAUACAACCAGACGUUAUUCAAAUCAGAACCAACACCCGUAUAUUUUGAAUGAUAACACUAUGAGCAGUAAUCAAAGAGAUAUGGGAAGAUAUGAACGAGAUUUCGAGGAAGUUGGAAAAUUGGGAAAAGGUGGAUUUGGAGAGGUUGUAAAGGCACGUAAUCGUAUUGAGGGCACUUUUUAUGCGAUAAAAAAGAUAAAACAUCGUGCUAAUAAGCUAGAUUCAUUGCUAAGCGAAGUGCUUUCUUUAGCUAGACUUAAUCAUCAGUAUAUCGUAAGAUACUAUGGUACAUGGGUAGAAGAGAUUCAAGAAACUCCAAGUGUCUUUACCUCCGACGAUGAAAGUGAUACAGAAAGUGAAGAUGAUUUUGAAAGUCCGUUUAAUACUAGGUCUUCAUCUUUUUUGAUGAAUCAUGACAAUUCCUUUCAAGUAGAUUUUAUAUCUAAUUCAUUUGACCCUAAGAUAGAAUUUGAUGAUUACUCGGAUGAAGACAAUGAUGAUGAUUUUGAUGAUAGAAUUGAAUUUGCAAGAUCCACAGGUAAUUCGGACAAGUACGAUGAACUGCUAGAUACUGAAAGCGGGACUUCUGUAGCAGAAUCUAGUACGCAUCAAACUAGGGCCAAUUUUACUAAACCAGAUAAUGAAAAAAAUAGAGUUCAUGGUCAACAAAAGUCAAUAUUGUAUAUUCAAAUGGAAUUUUGUGAAAACAAUACAUUACUUAACUUGAUAGAACAAGGCUUACCUGGAAAUCCAAAUGAGUAUUGGAGAUUAUUUAGACAACUAUUGGAAGCUGUAUCAUACAUUCAUAGGGAAGGUUUUAUACAUAGAGACUUAAAACCUAUGAAUAUUUUUAUUGAUAAAUCGAAUAAUGUUAAAGUAGGGGAUUUUGGUUUGGCAAAGAAUUCACAGUUCUCUUCUGUUGUUCUGACUAAUAACCAGGUGGAGUCCUCAAAUAAGGACUUAAGUACCAUUGUCGGUACUGUUUUUUAUACUGCAAAUGAGGUUGCAACAGGAGAUUAUGAUGAAAAAGUUGAUAUGUAUUCUCUUGGUAUCAUCUUUUUUGAGAUGUGCUAUCCAUUGGCUACCGGUAUGGAAAGAGCUAGAAUAUUAAAUAACUUGAGAUUAGUGACAGUCGAUUUCCCACAAAAUUUUACUGACAGUAAGUACCGGACAGAAAAGAAGAUCAUCAAGUUAUUAUUAGAUCAUAAUCCAAAAAAUAGACCUAGUGCUAUUGAAUUGUUGCAAAGUGGGUGGCUUCCAGUAGAGCAUCAAGAUCAUAUUAUUAAAGAGGCACUUAAAUCUUUAGCUGAUCCUGCAUCCCCCUGGCAGCAACAAGUAAGAGAAACAUUAUUCAAUCAGCCUUACCUGUUGGCCAAGGAUUUAAUGUUCGACAACUAUAGCAAAAGUUCUCAUAUUCAUCAUUUAGAUCAUUCUAUUAGUGAUUAUUUACUUUUUAGUAAAAUGAUCGAAGAAUUAUUCAGGAUAUUUAAGAAUCAUGGUGCAAUCGAAGAUUUUAACUCAAAUAUACUACUUCCAAAAUCACCUGCCCAGUCUCGCGAGUUAGUUUAUGAGGUAUUGGAUAGAAGUGGAUCUGUUUUAAGUUUACCUUUUGAUUUAAUUUUGCCUACAGCCAGAUUUUUAAGUAGAUGCAAUGUGACGAUACCCAAAAUGUUCCGCCACGAAUUCGUUUAUAGACCUAAUUUGCGUGGCGCUGGAGUUCCAGAUAAAUAUAGUGCUGUUAAUUUUGAUAUAACCACACAUGAUGCUACAAAUAGAAAGGUUAAUGACGCGGAAUGUUUAAAAGUUGUUGAUGAAAUAUUGCAAUCCUUUCCUUGUUUUAAAGCCAAAAAUUCUAGUAGUAUAAUUAUGAUUAACCAUUCUGAUAUUAUCACAUCUGUUAUAAAUUUUUCAUUCGGUAAUAUUGGUAUUGAAGAUAAGAGACGUCAUGAGGUAAUUGGAGUUUUAUCUCAACUUGGGAUUGACAAAAGUCCGGAAGAGAUAAAGAGAUACUUACGGGAAGACUUUAAUGUGCCACAUACCGUCACUAAGGAUUUAAUUGACGUGUUCAAUUUUACUACCGAGCCUGAAAAGGCAAAGCAGAAAUUGGAGAAAGCUAUGCUUGAUUCACCACUCUUUGUCAGAGUAGAAAGAGCAUUGUCGUAUAUAAAAGAAGUUUUAUCAAUAUUAAAGCAAUUUGGGGUUAAAUCACCUGUUUAUUUAAAUCCUUUAAGUAAUUACAACAAUAAGUAUUAUUCACAUGGAAUAAUGUUUCAGGUUAUUCACCAAGUUGAUAAAAACCGAAGGUUUUCAAGAGUGAUUACUGGGGGCAGGUAUGAUGGUUUGAUAUCAUCAUUAACAAAUAAGGACGUAACAAAAUCAUCAACUCCAUUUGUGGUUGGCUUUUCUCUUACGUCUACUUUUAUGUUUUUAUUAAUGAAAAAUAUGGAUCGAAGAUCAAAAACAUCGUCCAAGAAUUCAGAGUUAAAUAAGGUAAAAUGGAAGAAAAGUAGAUGUGAUGUUUUGGUCACUAGCUUAAAUGAAAGCUAUAUUCGACUUUCAGGGUAUGAAAUAGUAAAAUCCUUGUGGGCCAAUGAUAUUAGUUCUGACAUCUUUACUUCAACAUCAUUAGAAGAUAUCGCACAUAAAACAGACAUGGACGGGGCAAAUUGGGUCGUAUUGAUUAAACAACCUAAUUCCAUUCAAAAAAAUAAACAAAAACGAUCAGCUGGCAAGUUUAAGCCUUUGAGAAUCAAAAAUGUUAGCACUAAUAAGGUAUCAGAUAUAGAAUACGAGGAAUUAGUGCAGUUUCUCCAGAGUGAAAUUGAGGAAAGAAAUAAUGAUGAUGAGUCCGAUAGUAAUCUGGGAAGUACUACCACAGAUUCUACAAGAGAGGGCUUAAAAAGUGAGAAUAAUGAAGACUCAGACUCGGAUAAAUUACUGAUUAGAAGCGGACCAAUAUUUACAGUAGAUAUUGAUCAAAAAGUUGUGGUAGUACCCAAUGCUGCUCCUAGAGGACGAAAAAAUAAUAAAAAGGAAAAGUGGGAAAUAGAGAAUGACUCAAAACUUGCAUCAGCAUCGUUAAUAAAGAGUGUUGCAAACUCGCCUAUCAUUACCAUCGAUGCAAGAGACGAAGUUUUAGAUAUGAUACUGAUAACUUCACUUAACCAGCCCGAGGAAUGGCUUAGAAAGGUUAUUUUCUCGAACAAUAAUUUGCCUAAGAGCUUUGCAACUAAUAUAUAUAAUACGUUGAAGAAAGAAGCUCUGAAAGGUACAAAGUGGGCUAUUUUACAUUCAUCUAAGACAGAUAAAACUUGUAUUGUUGACCUACAAAAAUAG